CACCUGCGACCGCUCCAUUGUGACGCCGUUACUUCUCUUCCACGUCGUAAAGCUCGGUCCGAUCGCCUCGUCCCCCAAAUCUUCUCCCUCCCGAGCCUCGACGGUGAACAACCGGAGUCAAAGAAGCUAAAUUUAGCAUUCGGAUCGCGAGCGAGAAAGCAAGCAAGGAGACGCAUCAAAAAGCGAGGUUUCCUUGGGUACGGCCCCCUCCUCGCGAUUUGAUUCCGUCCGUCUUCGGUUCUUCGCCCUCCGGUAAGAAUCGUCGAUCUCUGCGGAUCAAUCGUCGUGCUUUUUUUCCCCUCUGGUAAUCGGCAUGUUGAUCGGAUAAGUUCGUUCCUGGUUGAUGCUUCGGCGGCGUCUUUGCUUAGGCGGAUUUCGGAAGGUUUUCUGGAAUUUUCCUUUGCAAUCUUCUUCCGAUUUUAGGGUUUCAGUCGAUUCUAGAUCUUUUAGGUCUUUCCCCUUCGAUGGAGGGAAUAUGGAUAUAGUUGAGAUUGGGCGGUAGACUUUGAAGGGGAAAAUCUCGCCUUUCUUCUUCCUCCUUCCCUCGUAGACGCAAAAGGGGGUUCUCUGAUUCUUUCCUGUCACGGUCGGAAGAUGUCGUCGUCUGGAAUUCUUGCUCUCAGCCCCAUUCGGGAGGACUCGCCCAUGACCUCUGUACGUUUUGACGGCAGCCGAUCUCCGCAUUGUUCGCAGGAGUCCAUCCUUAUUUUUCUCCAGGUCCCUGGGCCGUCUGUGAUUCCUUUGCGAGUAUUGGAGUCCGAAUCGAUUGCCUCUGUGAAGCUUCGGAUCCAGAAAUUUGCAGUGAAGACGCCGAAGCUGGUGUUUGGCGGCAGGGAGCUGGCACGGAAUAAUAGCCUGGUCCGCGACUAUCGGGUGGGCGAUGGAAAUGUUUUGCACCUUGUGGUUAGGCUUUCCGAUCUCCAAUAUAUCACUGUGAGAACUAUCUCUGGGGAAACACAUAAUUUCCAAGUUGAACGGAACCGCAAUGUUGGGUACAUCAAGCAGCAGCUUGCAAAGAGGGAUAAGAGCCUGGACGAUGUUGACAACCAUAAGCUCAUAUGUGAUGGCGAGGAGCUUGAUGAUCACCAGUUGAUUGAUGAUAUCAGUAGGAAAAAUGAUGCUGUGAUUCAUUUGCUUAUCCGUAAAUGUGCAAAAGUUAGGACUAAACCUUUUGAAAAGGACUUUGAGCUGUCAAUUGAUGCCCCCACUGUGACGGAAAAGGAUGGAACCCAUGAUCUUCAAAUAGUUUCUAGGAACCUUCUGUACAAGGAUUUGUGGAUUGAGCCUGUUAUAGAUCCAAAAAUUGAAUUGUCUCCGAUGAUUACAAAACUGAUCAAUUCUGCUUCCUUAGGGUUGGAGAAGGGUAAUUUACCAAUAAUGUCUUCAGAUGGCACCGGGGGAGCAUACUUUAUGCAAGAUGAUUCAGGUCAAGAGUAUGUAGCUGUCUUCAAGCCAAUUGACGAGGAGCCAAUGGCUGAAAAUAAUCCUCGAGGACUUCCUUUGUCAACUGAUGGUGAAGGGUUGAAGAAAGGGACACGUGUUGGAGAAGGAGCAAUAAGGGAGGUUGCAGCAUACAUCCUUGAUCACCCUGUUGGCGGGAAGCGUUUAGCUGAUGAAGCAGGGUUUGCUGGUGUUCCUCCAACAGCCAUGGUGCGGUGCUCUGAUACUGGUUUCCAUCAUUCUGAAGCGUACAACCGUGCGUCCAAGAAUUUCAAGAUUGGAUCCUUACAAGCAUUUGUUGAAAACUAUGGGAGCUGUGAGGAUAUGGGGCCUCGAGCAUUUCCUGUGCAGGAGGUUCAUAAGAUAUCUGUUCUGGAUAUUCGGUUGGCAAAUGCUGAUCGCCAUGCUGGAAAUAUAUUAAUGUGCAAGAAUGAAGGACAUACGAUGCUGGUUCCCAUUGAUCAUGGAUAUUGCUUGCCCGAGAAUUUUGAAGAUUGUACAUUUGAGUGGCUUUAUUGGCCUCAAGCCCGUCAGCACUUCAAUGAUGCGACCAUUAAUUACAUAAAAGCACUAGAUGCUGAAGAAGACAUCACCCUUCUUAAAUUCUACGGGUGGAAUCUCUCGCCUGAAUGUGCUCGUACUCUGCGCAUCUCAACCAUGCUCUUAAAGAAAGGAGCGGAAAGGGGGCUGACUCCAUAUGAUAUCGGAAGCAUUAUGUGUAGGGAAACAAUUAACAAGGAAUCAAAAAUUGAGGAGAUGAUCCACGAAGCCAACGAUGCUGUCCUUCCAGGCACUCACGAGGCCAUGUUCCUGGAGAUACUUUCUGAGAUCAUGGAUCGUCUCCUGGACAAAGUGAAAAUGUAAAUUAACUGGUUAUGGUUCCAUUGUUGCUUUGCAACAGGAUGUGUUGUGGCUUUGGACGUAAAUGAUCUAAACUCUGUAAGGUGGUUGUAAGUAUGAAGGCCACUAAACUGAAAGUGUUCAUACUUUGUGUCUUUGUGGAUUUGAAUUCCCUGUAAGUCUUAGCUCUGUUCUACUCUGACUUUGAAGUUUGACUUUUGAAGUUUGUUUGUGUCAAUUGCAUCACUUUUUUGUUCA